UUAAGAUUUACUUUCUUCGCUCGCUUUCUACUUGCUAGUUAUAUAAGAUUACCUUUUGCUAUAGUCGGGUGGCAGUCAGAUUUGGAGAAAAAAGCUCUUCUUCAGCGUUCCCUUUGCCUCUGUCCAUACUCGCAACCAGCUCUUAUAGCCGCCAUACCCUGGCGCCCUCAAACCGCCUGCCCUGGGAUUCCUUUACUACAGUCACACAUCUGUUAGAUUCGUGGCCUCAUUAAUCCACCGAAACGAGCAGGUCCUAUUAAUUUGUCCAAGCAGUCAGCCAUUAUAACGCAAUAUACAGACAAUGUCCCCCUUCUCCAACAACGCCAACUCUAUUGAGGGCGAAAUAUAUAUGCAACGGCUUGCCGGCUACGUCCGAAGUAACGAAGCGUCUAUCACAAACGGACUACAGGCCUUUGCAAAGGUCUGCGCGCUUGAUCCUAGCCUCCAGCUACCUACGAAGGGCUCCGCCAGGCCGAUCCGCUUGUCCUUCACCCUACACCAUUUGUACUACCUCUGCGAGCGUAUCCAGAACUCUGGGUUGACAGCGGACGUUGGCCCCUUGAAUAUGAAGCUAGAGAACCCCAACUUUGCGGUGCCCACCUUUGUGUCGUUCCUAGACACCCAUAACCGAGGGUCAAACGAUAUCCACAGUUUCAUCGAUAGCAGCGACACGACAUCCAUCACCUCCAUGUCGUCUGUGAAGUCCAUUGUCACGUCAGCCUCGAUGUACUGGAGGUCGUUCGGGUUCAGUAAGGACCCUAAGAUUAUCAUGAAAGACCUUGAGUACUUGUGCUCCGUGUUCCAGGAGCUUCCGUGCCUCAUUCUCUCGCCCAAGACCAAAAUAUACUCCAUCGCCAACUACGAAGAGUAUCCCUUCGACACCUCUAUCCCCAUGCAUCUCUUCAAGAACCUACAAGUCUUGGAGAUCACAAACUACGAACCCAACGAGGUGUAUGGCUGGAACUUCUUGAGCGAAUGCUUGCAGAUCUUAGUGAUCAAGAACUGCAAGAUGGAAGACCUAGGCGAAGUCUUGUACAGCUUGGUGCUCGACGAUGAAGAUGGGCGCACCGGCUUUUUCAACCCCACUGGCACCAACGGGCCUCGGAAACACCGUUCCGCCACCCUGCCGGAACGCAAGUACAGACACAGACGACAGUACUCCGAUACGGACGUUAUCGGUAGCCCUCCAACAGUGUACUUCGAAUCACUGCUUAACGAUCCAGUAGUAAUUCCGGUUUCUGGUUCACCGCGCAACUCUGCCUAUUAUAACGGGGCAAGAUCGCCCCUCUCCAACGCCGGACUCCAGACAAGCAGCAAUUACACGUAUUUCAGCCUCCGCCCCGAGCCAGUGUCUUCGACGUCCUCCACCACUAAGGAUCUGUCCUACGAUACCAAGGGCCGCCGAAGCAGCGAAGCCAGUGCUUUGUCGCCAUCCAACUCCAUGUCCAGUACCAGGCGUGUCACUUCCCGCUCCACCCAUUCUUCCAGGGUAUCCGUCUCCACCGCUGUGGAUGACUUUCCCCAAUCGCGCCACGGACACCACCACUCCAUGUACAACUUUACCAUCCCCGGUGAGCAUGCUGGAAGAAACAGAAACUCUUUCUCCCGGCCAGCCUUGGACCCUGCGAAGUGGAGCCGGUUAAAACAAUUGACCAUUUCCGAAACCCGUGUGUCAUACAUCCCCGAUGACAUCUUACGGCCGUUUGGAAACUUGGCCAAGCUUGACUUGUCCCACAACAAUCUAAGUGAGUUGCCUAUUGGGUUGAAGUACUUGACCGGGUUGAAGUUCUUGAAUCUUUCGCACAAUCGCAUUCAGAAUUUGGACAACUUGCUGGAGAUUUGCUGCGUGGGCAUGGAGCGCAAAGGGGUGAGUGGCAUGUCCGGUUUGGUCUUUUUGGACCUUUCGUACAACAAAGUGGAUAGCUUGGCCCAUUUAGAGAUGUUGGUCAGCUUGGAGAAAUUGGAUAUUCGCAGGAACAGUCUUCUGUCCACCGCCAUUAGCGGUCGCACCAAUGCCCGGUUUUCCCGCCGUUCCUCUGCGUCCACAAACUUUGACUUGUCGGUAUUCAGGCCGAUUGCAUUGUCCUUCAAACAAAAUGCCCAAAAAUUAACCAGCAUUUAUGUUUCCGGCAAUUCUAACCUCCACAAGACCCAUCGGAUUGACUUGUUCAACUUGUUUAACGGAUGUGGAGACGCCAAACGGACCCUGAACUUGACCAUCGAUAACUCUAAGCCGGGAUACUUUGAGAAUUCCUUGCUACUCACCCAUGAAUCGUGUAUCGCGUUGGUCGCCCAAUUGUUGGCUGUUUCAGACUCUUCUGCCGUAUCAUCUAGCUCGGUAGACGCAGAUAUGCUCACCAAGGGGUUACAUCUGUUGAAGCUUUCGCUUCCGUCAAGUGCUAGUAGCUACCGAAUCCUUCCUCCAAGCAGACAUUCUCGCGACCGGGGCUUGCACCCUUCACCAAUUAUUAUCAGUUCAAUGAGAAAGCUGCCUUCCACGGUCGUCGCUACGCUUGCGCCUGUGCCAGCUUCGGUAUUGGCGCCAAACAUGAACAGCUUGAACCAGUUGAGACUGAGCCCAUCAUUCCUUCCCCAGUGUCUGGACCGUGCUUCUCCUGACACCCAAUCGCCUCAUAUGUCGCCAGUCUCCAGGUUCCCGACCUCUAGCCAGAGUGAAAUGUUUUUACACGAACUUUUGCGUGCUGACAGUCUUGAUCCGGGUCCCCAAAAGCCGAACGUCCCGAGAAGUGAAUCAAGCAGCUCUUUGAUCACUGCUUUGCGCAGUGUUACCACACCUUCCCUGCCGUCUCUGGGACAGGUGACCAGCACUCCUCGCUAUACAGCGUCUCCUGUUGCGUAAUUCUGUUCUGUUCAUUCUCCGUUAUCAUUUCUUAUUUCGCUACGCUAAACUUUUCUUCCUUACUGCAUAUUUAACGAUCUUUUUUUUUUCUUGUCAUGACGCUUAUUGAUUUUUGUGUUUGGUUUAACCACCUCUGCUUUACUGCUCUAUUUUGUUUUUGCAUUCCAGUAUCGCUGCUGUACUAUGUUUUAUUUCCCGUGUAUAAUCACCUGAAUUAUCUAUCGACCGAUUUUAAUUA